CCGGGCCGGGACGAGCGGGACCGGGGCCGGGGCCGGGCGGGCACAUGCAGGGCGCGGCGCGGCGGCGGCCGUUCCCGGCGGCGGCCCCGGGCUCCCCCCAGCCCGUCGGGCCGCUCUACCCGGGCAGGCAUGGAGCGGUCAAGAACGAGGACACCUUCAAGACCUCCCCAUUUCAUUUUGAUCUGUGGUUCUACUUCACUCUGCAGAACUGGGUGCUGGACUUUGGGCGUCCCAUUGCAAUGAUAAUCCUACCUUUGGAGUGGUUUCCUCUAAAUAAACCGAGUGCUGGAGAUUAUUUCCACAUGGCUUACAAUGUUAUCACGCCAUUUCUUCUGCUAAAGCUCAUCGAGAGAUCCCCCAAAACCUUACCGAGAUCAAUGGUCUAUGUCAGCAUCAUCAUGUUUGUCAUGGGAGCCAGCAUCCACCUAGUCGGAGACUCCGUAAACCAUCGGCUGAUUUUCAGUGGCUACCAGCACCAUCUGUCUGUAAGAGAGAAUCCCAUCAUCAAGAACCUGAAGCCAGAGACACUGAUUGAUUCCUUUGAGCUGCUGUACUACUACGAUGAAUAUUUAGGUCAUUCGAUGUGGUAUAUCCCUUUUUUCCUGAUACUGUUUAUAUAUUUCACCGGCUGCUUCACCCCUGUUGAAGAGGAGAGCAGGAUGCCAGUGGCUGCCUUGCUUCUGAUGGGGCCCAGCAGCCUUUAUUACUGGUAUCUCGUGACAGAGGGUCAGAUUUUCAUCCUCUACAUUUUCACUUUCUUUGCCAUGAUGGCUUUAGUGAUGCACCAGAAACGCAAAGGACUUGUCCUGGACAGCAAUGGGCUUUUUCUGUUCUACUCCUUCAUCAUAACACUGGUCCUCAUUGCUGUUUGGGUGGUUUGGCUGUGGAAUGACAAAAUUCUCAGGAAGAAGUACCCUGGCGUGAUCUAUAUCCCUGAGCCAUGGGCAUUUUAUACCCUGCACAUGAACAACCUCCAUGCAGCAAAGGAAAGUUUAUAAGUUUUGAUAUUUUAGAGUGAUUUGAAGAAAAAAAAAAAAAAUCUAGUUUUUCUAAUGUAGAUGCAUUUCAAAUAAAUUCCUGACCAACAGUAGCUGCAAGAUGUAUGGUACGUUAACUAGAGCUAGCUAGGGAGGGGGUGUUUGAACAAAAGGGAAAAAUAGUCUGAGUUAACGCUUUAAAGCCAGGGUCGUGGCAGGGGCGUCUCCACUGGCUUUGCACCAGCCAGCCCUCAAAAUUGCACAAUGCAGUUCCACGCUGGACUUUUUCAGGUGCUUAGGGGACAGCACCAAAUCCCUCCUGUAUCGGAGUAGGGCCACAGCAUCCCCGCCACAUGGUGGUCCACGCCACUGGCAAACCCCCAUCCCACCAUCGCCACCCGAGAGAGCAUCCUGGCCUUUAACAGGAGCGGUUUGCUGGGAAGUUGGAGCACUCUCACCCACCCCAUGUCUUAGCGCGGAGAGGUGUAUCCGCUCCUCCCAGCCAAGUAAACAUGCUGGGAAGGGGCUGAGCCACCCUACCUUGGAUCUGAAUGGCAGCUCUGCUCGGCCAUGCCUCCCCAAGAAGCCCUCCCAGGGUCCUGGCCGUCAGUGCCUGCGCUGCUGAGCACAGACAUUGUGCAGAAAGGGCCGGACUGGUGGCAGAGGCAGAAGGGCCAAUUCCCUACGAACGCAGCCCGAAAAGAGCAUCGGGCAGGGGGGUGAGCUCCAGCAUCAGCCCCGUUCCCAUGGGGUCUGUGCCACCAGCAGCUUCUGCUCCCGCUCACCACUUCUCCAGCCUCAGGUGAUGGAGCUGAGCUCCUGCAAUGCCAGCUGCAUCCCUGUGAUAGUUUAUGUCUAUAAAACUUGUAUUAGAGCCCUGUGUGACAGAAUCCAAGUGGUAGAAGAAAAAAAGCUAUUAGCGAAACAUACUGAAUAAAAAUAUUUGGUAAAAGUUGUGACUCGCA